CAUUAAAAAGAGUGAGGUACUGAGACUAGACCAGAGGCCAAACUCGGGAUCUGACAAGAUGGCUGGGCUACCCCGCAGGAUUAUCAAGGAAACCCAGUGUUUGCUGGCAGAACCAGUUCCCGGCAUUAAAGCAGAACCAGAUGAGAGCAACGCUCGUUAUUUCCAUGUGGUCAUUGCUGGUCCUCAGGAUUCCCCCUUUGAGGGAGGGACUUUUAAACUUGAACUAUUCCUUCCAGAAGAAUACCCGAUGGCAGCCCCUAAAGUACGUUUCAUGACCAAAAUUUAUCAUCCUAAUGUAGACAAGUUGGGAAGAAUAUGUUUAGAUAUUUUGAAAGAUAAAUGGUCCCCAGCACUGCAGAUCCGCACAGUUCUGCUAUCGAUCCAGGCUUUGUUAAGUGCUCCCAAUCCAGAUGAUCCAUUAGCAAAUGAUGUAGUGGAGCAGUGGAAGACCAACGAAGCCCAGGCCACAGAUACAGCUAGAGCAUGAACUAGGCUAUAUGCCAUGAAUAAUAUUUAAAUCGAUCUGAUCAUCAAGUGUGCAUCACUUCUCCUGUUCUGCCAAGACUUCUUCCUUUUUUGUUUGUGUUUAAUGGACACAGUCUUAGAAACAUUACAGAAUAAAAGCCCAGACAUCUUCAGUCCUUUGGUGAUUAAAUGCACAUUAGCAAAUCUAUGUCUUGUCCUGAUUCACUGUUGUAAAGCAUGAGCAGAGGCUAGAAGUAUCAUCUGGAUUGUUGUGAAAAGUUUAAAAGCAGUGGCCCCUCUCUGCUUUUAUUCAUUUCCCCCAUCAUGGUUUAAGUAUAAAGCACUGUGAAUGAAGGUAGUUGUCAGGGUUAGCUGCAGGGGUGUGGGUGCUUUUCUUUAUUUUUUGGGGGUGGGUGGGUAGUUCUAAUUGUAAUGGGCUCCUGUCCUCCCCUUUAUGGUGAUCUAAUUGCAUUGGUUAAAAGCAGCUAACCAGUUCUUUAGAAUAUGCUCUCUAGCCAAGUCUAACUUUAUUUAGAUACUGCAGAUGGCCAAGCUUGAUUGUUUGAACCAAAAUGGGAACAUUAAACAUCACAGCCCUCACUAAUAACAUUGUGACUUUGCUGUCAAGUGUAGAAUCCUCCCUUCAAGAAAAAGCUUGUGACCAUUUUGUAUGGCUUGUCUGGAAACUUCUGUAAAUUUUAUGUUUUAGUAAAAUAUUUUUUGUUAUUCUAAAAAAAAAAAAGUUAGGUAGAUC